GAUCAACACAUGAGAAUUCAUGUACUCCUGUCCUCCCAAAACUCUCUCUCUCUCUCUCUCUCUCUCUCUCUCUCUCUCUCUCUCCAUACACGAAAUUAACAAAGACAAAUUAACUAGAACUGUUUGCUAAUUUGCCAGUACUGGUGAAAAGAUCAGAACAAAAUCAUGGGUGCACUCGACUUUCUCUCAGACUAUAUCACUAUUUCCACCCCAAGGAAGAAACGCAAGGCAAUGCAGACAGUUGAUAUCAAGGUGAAAAUGGACUGUGAUGGCUGUGAAAGGAGAGUUAAAAAUGCUGUUUCCAACCUCAAAGGGGUGAAACAAGUGGAUGUAAACCGGAAGCAAAGCCGGGUAACUGUAACUGGGUAUGUGGAGCCAAACAAGGUCUUAAAUAAGGUGAAGAGCACCGGAAAGAGAGCUGAGUUUUGGCCAUAUGUGCCAUAUAACUUGGUGGCUUACCCCUACGUGGCUCAGGCCUAUGACAAGAAGGCACCGUCUGGUUACGUGAAAAAUGCUUUUCAAGCCCUCCCCAGCCCAAAUGCACCGGACGAGAAAUUCAUUUCCCUCUUCAGUAAUGAAAAUCCACAUGCAUGUUCAAUCAUGUAAGCAGAUUUAUAAAUAUUGGAACGAGCUAGGGUCGAUCGAGGGUGUAUUUAACACUUGUAGAUCAUCUUUUAUGUUUUUAUACAUGAAACGCGAAAAAAAGCAUUUAGUUGUCGUUUUGAGGUGGUAGGUCAUGUUAGUUUGUAUGGAGAUGGGAAGUUUUGCUAGAGGGCUAGCUAAUAUGGAUUUUCUUUGAGAAGUUGUACCACUAGUACUAGAAGUACUGUUUACCCUGCUAAUGAUAAGAUACAUGUUUUUCUGUA